ACCCAGCUUGUAAUGUUCGGCUUCUUGUAGUUAUGGAAACCAACAAGCGGCGUUUGUGCUGCUAGGAGACCCGGGGCACACGUAUCUGUACUGACCCGAGAGCAGCAACGAUGGGCAGCAAGAAGAAAGAAGUCACCCUGCAGGUUAUCAUAAGUAAUCAGGAGCAGUGGGAGGAGACUCUCUCUUCCAAAGGACUCCUAGUGGUGGACCUGUAUCAGGCCUGGUGUGGUCCUUGCAAAACAGCUGUCAGCUUAUUCCGAAAAAUUAAGAAUGAACUGGGUGACGAUCUCUUGCAGUUUGCUGUGGCUGAAGCUGAUAGUAUUGAUGCACUCGAGAAAUACAGAGGCAAAUGCGAACCCACUUUUCUUUUCUUUGCUGGAGGGGAACUUGUAGCCGUAGUGAGAGGAGCCAAUGCUCCAUUACUGCAGAAAACUAUCAUAGACCAACUUGAAGCAGAGAAGAAAGUUUUGAACCAAGGCCUAGAUCGCAAAGUGGUAAAAGAUGAGGCACUUCUAGAGGAAGAAGAGGAGAUGUCACCUAUCCCAACACAGGCUGAGGACGAUGAACUGUUACCAACAGGGAAGUCUUACACAGUGGCUAUUAUUAAACCGGAUGCUGUCGCUCAUGGAAAGACAGAUGAAAUAAUAAUGAAGAUACAGGAGGCUGGGUUUGAGAUUUUGGCUGAUGAAGAGAAAAUGAUGACUGAGUCUGAAGCCAGAGACUUCUAUCAACACAGAGCAGGAGAGGAGAAAUUUCAAGAGCUGAUACAAUUUAUGUCUAGUGGCCCAUGUCAUGUUCUUAUAAUAUCCAAAUCUGGAGAAGAGGAUGUGAUCCCUGCAUGGAGAGAGUUUAUUGGUCCAACUGAUGUAGAAAUCGCCAAGAAAGAAAAGCCUGAAAGUUUGCGAGCUCAGUAUGGUACAGAGGUUCUUUACAAUGCUGUACAUGGAAGCAAUGACCAUGAACAAGCUAGCAGAGAAUUAGCCUUCUUCUUUCCCACUUUUAAGCAACAACACACAGAGGAAUCAGCCUCAAAAAGUCCAGAGAGGACCCUCGCACUGAUUAGACCAGAUGUCUUAAGAGACAGGAAAGAUGAAGUUUUGCAAAGCAUUCGUGAGGCGGGCUUCUCUAUAGCAAUGCAAAAGGAAAUUAUGCUCAGUGAGCAACAGGUUGAGGAGUUCUACAGUGAACAUGUAAAUGAAGACUAUUACCCAGCGCUUAAACAGCAAAUGACCUGUGGCCCCGUUCUUGCCCUGGCACUGGUAAAGACCAACGCGGUAAAGCAGUGGAGAGGUUUGCUAGGACCUGCCCGGAUUACAGAAGCACUAAAUGAAGCACCAGACAGCUUGAGAGCUCGUUUUAUUCCCUCAGAGGGUGACAUUAACCAGCUACAUGGCAGUUCAUCCCCACUGCAUGCAGAAAAGGAAAUUAACUUUUUCUUCCCAGUAGAGCAUACCUUGGCAGCUAUUAAACCUGAUGCAAUGGAGGAGCACAGAGAUGAAAUCAUGGAGAGAAUACAAGUUGCCGGAUUUACAAUUUCUCAAAUAAAAGAGACUAAUCUAAGCCAAGAGAUGGCUGAGGAGUUUUACAAAGAACACAAGGGGAAGCCCUUUUUUGAACAACUUGUCAAUUACAUGUGCAGAGGUCCUUGUUUAAUGAUGAUCCUUAGCAAAGAGAAUGCAGUGCAGGAGUGGCGAGCACUGAUGGGCCCUACAGACCCCGCUAUAGCUCAAACAUCGACUCCUGAUUCUCUGAGGGGCUUGUUUGCCAAGAGUAUUCUGCAGAAUACAGUCCAUGGCUCCUCCGACAUUAAUCAUGCCACAGAAAAGAUAAAGUUUAUAUUUGGAGACAUUGAUCUGGAUGGAAAUAUCAAAGGGACCAGUUUUGAAACACCCACCAAAAAUACUGCUGAAGAUAUCGAACAAAGUGAAGAGAGCAAUGAAAGCACAGCCCUCCCAGAGAACGAAGAAGAGCCUAAACAAGAUGACAGUUAGCUGUCUUUUACCUUUGGAUAUAAAUAUAUCUUCUAUAAUGGGAGAAAUGUAUUAAUCCUAUAGCACAGCAAGGAGAUGCUAAACAGGAGCAGUGAGAUCAUGAGAUGUGUUGCAGCAUGAUUCAUAAAUUCUUCCCUCUGUUGGUCUAUAUAGUUGCACUGAAAAAUUAUAAAACUUCCCCUGAACACU